AUGAAAGCUGGCACUUAUUGGAAAAACUUUCUAUUCUUCUUUCUUCUGGCAAUGUACCAAUUAUUCCAGACUCUACGUAGCUUUUGGUUGUCGGCUUGGUCAGAUGAAAAUGACGGUCACCACGAUCAAAAAAUGCCAGUUGGUUGGCGUUUAGCAGUCUAUGGAGCACUGGGAUCAAUAGAAUCCGUGUGUUUUCUUCUAUCAUUAGUGAGUCUUGCCUUUGCUGGACUAGCCGCCUCCUACAAUCUUCAUGCUCCAUUGCUUCACAACUUGCUCCGUUCUCCCAUGUCCUUCUUCGACACAACACCACUAGGGAGGAUUCUCAACCGAUGUACAAAGGACAUCGAUGUGGUCGACAUGCUUCUUCCGGUGAAUUUCCGUUAUUUUUCAACAUCGAUACUGCAGGUAUUUUUCAUUCUACUGGUCAUCAUUAUCUCGACCCCUAUUUUUGCUGUGGUCGUGGUACCACUCAUGCUCAUAUAUUUCAUCAUUUUGCGAUUAUACAUUUCGACAGCACGUCAACUGAAACGCCUUGAGAGCAUCCAUAGAUCACCAGUUUUUUCAAACUUCGAGGAAACAAUUCAGGGAGCAUCGUCUGUGCGGGCAUUCAAUAAGGUGAAACAGUUCCGAUCCACAUUUGGUGCUACUGUCGAUGCCUUCAUCAAAUGCAAGCACUGCAGCGUCAUGGCAGAUCGUUGGCUGGCAAUACGUUUGGAAUUUAUCGGUAAUCUAGUGAUCUUCUUUGCUGCGCUAUUUGCGGUCAUCUCGAAAGAAUUCGGUUGGGUGACUAGUCCUGGUAUAAUCGGUGUAUCUGUAUCCUAUGCUUUGAAUAUUACUGAAAUGCUCAAUUUCGGUAUACGUCAAAUAAGUGAGAGCGAAGCCAACAUUGUUGCUGUUGAAAGGAUCGAUGAGUACACAAAAACCCCUACGGAGGCGCCAUGGGAAAUUCCGGAGAAUAAACCAGACAAAGACUGGCCAAGUCAUGGUGUUGUUCACUUCGAUGACUACUCGACUAAUUCCUUGACAGGUAUCGUGAGGGUCUUCGAUCUCGUGCUGAAGCAGUUUGUAGCUGAUAUAGGCGAAGGAGAGAAAAUAGGAAUCGUAGGUCGUACGGGAGCUGGGAAGAGCUCUUUCACCCUUGCUCUUUUCCGCAUAAUCGAAGCCGUUUCUGGAAAAAUUAUAAUUGAUGAUGUUGACAUAUCCAAAAUCGGACUUCACGAUCUGCGCAGCAACAUUACCAUAAUCCCUCAGGAACCUGUACUGUUCUCGGGUACGCUUCGAUUCAAUUUGGACCCAUGUGGAAAGAGCACAGACUCUCAAAUAUGGGAAGCGUUAGAGCUCGCUCAUUUGAAGUCCUUCUUCUCUUCUCUGCAAGGAGGUCUUGACUAUUUGAUCAACGAAGGUGGUGAAAAUCUGAGUGUUGGUCAACGUCAGCUGGUUUGCCUUGCUCGUGCAGUACUACGUAACACGCGCAUUCUCGUCCUCGAUGAAGCAACAGCAGCUGUCGACGUCACCACUGAUGCAUUGAUACAG